AUGCACCAAGAGGUGGUCACCAAGAUCUCUCUGCCGGGGCUGCGGCUGCAGGGGGAGUUCGACGCCCUCAACUUCACGGCGUUGGCGACCUUGACGAGCAUCCAGCUCUCGCGCAACAGGCUCACCGGGAGGAUCCCGUCGAGCAUCGGGUCACUCAGAGAGCUCCGGUUCCUGCUUCUUCAACACAAUCAGAUAAGGGGCCCUUUACCACCUGCUCUUGCAUCCUUGAGAAACCUACGCUGCUUAAUGCUCCAGGAGAAUGAACUCUCCGGUGAAAUACCAAGCCAAAUAGGACAACUAGCGGGACUUGUGAAGCUGGACUUGUCUGCCAAUCACUUGUCUGGUCCCAUCCCGACUGAACUAGGCUACCUAAAGAAGCUGCUCAGGGUACAUAUUGCCAACAACAACCUCACAGGCCCCAUUCCAAGUAAUUUAGGGAAUCUCACUAAACUCACUGUCUUGUACCUUUAUGGUAACCAAUUAUCUGGAUAUCCUCCUCGAGAGCUAGGGUACCUUGUGAAUCUAAAGGAGUUGGUUCUCUCCCGCAACAAAUUGAUGGGUUUCAUCCCUGGUACCUUGGGAGGCAUGAUCAACCUCACACUCUUGUCCCUAGCGGAUAACCAACUUUCCGGAUGCAUUCCUCCAGAGCUAGGUUACUUGUUGAAUCUAAAAGAGUUGUACCUUGAAAACAACAAACUUGUUGAUUCCAUCCCUAGUACCUUCUUAAAUUUAACAAACCUCACUAGCUUGUACCUAUCGGGUAACCAACUUUCUGGGUGUAUACCUCGAGAACUAGGUUACAUGGUGAAUCUUAAAAAGUUGGCUCUUAGCUCCAACAAUUUCAACGGCUCCAUACCUAAUACCUUCGGGAGUUUGGUUAACCUCACUGAAUUGUAUCUAUGGGGCAAUACACUUUCCGGGUGUAUUCCUCGUGAACUAGGUUACCUAGUGAAUCUUGAAGGGUUGGAUCUUAGUGUAAACAAACUAAUGUGUACUAUUCCCAAUAACUUUGGCAGUUUCAGUAACCUAACUAUCCUGGUCCUUCGUGAUAACCAACUCACGGGUUAUAUCCCCAAUAUCUUUGGAAAUUUGACAAAGCUCACUACCUUACACCUCGAUGAUAAUCAGUUCUCUGGACAUGUUCCUCUAGAAAUUGGCACCUUAUGGGAUCUUGAAGUUCUGGAACUCGACAAUAAUAAUCUCUCUGGUCCCCUACCACCUGGGUUGUGCUCUGGAGGCAAGCUCAGGCAUUUAACUGCAUCUAAUAACAGUCUGGAUGGACCAGUGCCAUCAAGUUUGCUACACUGUAGAAGCCUAUUUAGAGUUCGUCUUGAAAGGAAUCAAAUAGAAGGAGAUAUUUCUGAGUUGGGAGGUCAUCCAAGUCUUAACUAUAUGGAUAUGAGCUCGAAUAAACUCUUUGGAAAAUAA